GCAUCCACUGAGCUUGCAGAUUCAACAUCAUUUUGUUUUCUCUGUUGGUCAUUGCAUUCUUUACUGAAUGCAAGCAUCGUCAUGUUUAUCAGAACAACUUUUCUCCUCUCCUUUGUGGUCUCACUCUCAAAACCUGUUCGUUGCAUGGAAAGUGAACUUUGCUUCCCAGUUAGAUUGGAUAACCACAACAAUGACAGGAGGGAUUUUGACAACAACGUGGAUAUCCCCAAUGGAAAAUGUGUCCUAAAGAUACGAGCUUUCCAGCAGGAAUUGGUGAUCGAUUUACAUCAAGACUCUAAUUUCAUUGCUCCUUCCAUUUCUAACCAAGACGCAUUCUGGCUCUCCAACUCCGAUGUCACCACAGACCUGAGCCGGUGUUUUUACUCCGGAUACGUGAAUGCUGACCGCUAUUCUUAUGCUGCUCUGAGCCUCUGUAAAGGUUUACACGGAGCAUUUGGCUUCCAAGGAUGGGAAUAUUUUAUCAGCCCGGUGCAAAAUGACACCAGAAGCGCAGAAAGUGCUCACAUCAUACGGCGCAGAGCCAGCAACAACCUGAAGCUCAACUCAACCUCUAGGUGCGCAGUGGACAGCGACAUAAGUCUCCAGGUUGCGCAAUCGUUGGAGAAAUACAAGCGACUAAAAGAUUACAGCAAUGUGACCGAGACGAUGCUGAGGAGGAUGGGGAGAGCCAAAAGGUUCGCUUCAGUCCCCAGGUACGUGGAGACGCUCGUGGUGGCGGACGAGUCCAUGGCGCAGUUCCAUGGAGAUGACCUAAAACACUACCUCUUGACGCUGAUGUCAGUGGCAGCGCGACUAUACAAGCACCCCAGUAUUCUUAACUCCAUCAGCAUAGUGGUUGUGAAGAUCGCGAUUAUAUCAGAAGAGGACAAAGGACCCAAGGUGUCCGGGAACGCAGCCAUGACGCUGCGAAACUUUUGCACCUGGCAAAAAAAGAUGAACAAAAACAGCGACAAGCAUCCAGAUUACUGGGACACAGCAAUCCUCUUCACUAGACAGGACCUGUGUGGAGCUUCCACCUGUGACACUCUUGGCAUGGCAGACGUUGGCACCAUGUGCGACCCGAAAAGGAGCUGCUCUGUGAUCGAAGACGACGGCCUGCCCUCAGCUUUCACCACCGCCCAUGAGCUCGGACACGUGUUCAACAUGCCACAUGACAACGUGAAGGCCUGUGAGGACGUGUUUGGGAAAAUGCAGGACAACCAUAUGAUGUCUCCCACGCUUAUUCAGAUCAACCGCACCAGCCCGUGGUCCCCCUGCAGUGCUGCCAUCAUCACUGAAUUUCUGGACAGUGGGCAUGGGGAGUGUUUGCUCGACCAGCCUCCGAAACCGCUGGUCCUCCCUGACUUGCUGCCAGGAGCAUCCUACAUCCUGGAACGACAGUGUGAGCUCGCGUUCGGAGAAGGCUCCAAACCCUGUCCCUUCAUGCAACCACCAUGCGGUCGUCUCUGGUGCACAGGAAAAUCCAACGGCCACUUGGUGUGUAUGACUCGGCACUUCCCCUGGGCAGAUGGCACCCACUGUGGGGAUGGACAGGUGUGCGACCGAGGUGUAUGCUCUGACAAACACGUCCAAAAUGUGAAGGUGGACGGCCGCUGGGGUAAGUGGGGCACAUUUGGUUCCUGCUCGCGCACAUGUGGAGGCGGCGUCCAACUGUCUAAAAGGGAGUGCAACAACCCAGUUCCGUCAAAUGGGGGUAAAUACUGCCAAGGGGUUCGGGUCAAAUACCGCUCCUGCAACCUGAACCGCUGCCCUGACACAGGUAAGACUUAUCGUGAAGAGCAGUGUGAGACCAGUGGCCGCAGUUUCAACAGUAACCGUAUCGCCCCCUCUGUGGUCUGGGUACCAAAGUACUCUGGGGUGUCCACCGAUGACAGGUGUAAACUCAUCUGCAGGGCUAAUGGCACCGGUUACUUCUACGUCCUGGCACCCAAGGUUGUUGAUGGGACUCCAUGCUCCCCAGACUCCACGGGAAUAUGUGUCCAAGGAAAGUGCAUCAAGGCUGGCUGUGAUGGAAAAAUUGGCUCCAACAAGAAGUUUGAUAAGUGUGGAAUCUGCGGCGGUGAUAACAAGGGCUGCAAGAAGGUGUCAGGACUCUUCACAAAGCCUGUGCACGGCUACAACUUUGUGGUCAUGUUGCCAGUGGGUGCAGCCAACGUAGACAUCCGUCAGCGAGGCUACAAAGGAAUGAUGAGUGAUGACAACUAUCUGGCGGUGAAGAACAGCGAAGGCUAUUACCUGCUCAAUGGGAACUACGUUGUAUCCGCCGGGGAGAGGGACAUCAUUGUAAAGAGCAGCCUGCUGCGCUACAGCGGCACAGCUGGCCUCUCUGAGACCCUGCAGGCUGUCAAGCCUCUGGGAGAAGCCCUGACUGUGGAGGUGCUGUGUGCAGGCAAGAUGACACCUCCUCGAAUCCGCUACUCCUUCUACCUCGCCCGUCAGGCCAAGGAGGACAAGACUCUGAAGAAGGAGGGGCGUAUAAACUCCCACAACAGUGUCCUGGCUGAGGAUAGUGUCAAGGAGCAGGGAGGAGACACUCUGAAGAAGUCUUAUAGUAAGGAGGACCCUGCUCUUGGGAAAUGGAUAUCCUCAGCCUGGGACAAGUGCUCAGUGACCUGCGGCAGUGGUAUCCAGAGGAGGAUGGUGCAGUGUCUGAGACUGGACGGGAAGCCGGGGUUGGACUGCGAUUCUUCACAAAGACCCUCAGCCACUAGAGUUUGUGGAGAUCCAUGUCCUGAAUGGCUUAUUGGGCAGUGGUCACCUUGCUCCAGAACCUGUGGGAAGGGCUUCAAGAGACGACCAUUGCACUGCAGAACCCAAGUUGGGCAUUUGCUCCCCAGGGACCACUGCACUGGCUUACGCAAACCACAGGAGCUGGACUUCUGUAACCUAAGGUCUUGCUAGUGACAAAAACCAAUAAACUACAAAUGUUGGUCUGAGUCGAAUCCAGCUGCAAGUAUUACACACACACACCAUGUCUGUCAGGUGCAGAUUUUUCCGCCUGCCUCAUGGGACUGUUAGAGGAGGACGGACACUUGCUUGGAAGUUCAAUGAGAAUAUUGGAAGCAGAGUGAAAGCCGCAGGAUGAAUGCUGGAAGAUAUUUUUCACUGCCACCACUCUGACUUCACAGUACAUUAUUCAGGUCUAACUCAGAUGGCAAAUAACAUAACAGAGGGUCAAAUAAGAUUUAGCCCAAUCCCUUGUACUGUUAUCAGAUACAGAAUGCCCAUUUGCAAGUAAUCAAUCUAAUUUACCUUAUGAGUCAGGAUCCUAUUUUAUGCCAUAAUAUUUUGACGGUGCAGGUUUCAAAAUUUUGGUUGGAUCUUGCAAAUAGAUCAGUGAAGCCUGCUGAUUUUCCAAAAACAAUACUCCUUUCAUUCCUUUUUUCAAAAAGAAAAUGUAGCAGGAUUGACAUGUACUAUAACUUUCCACCAACUGGACCAAAAUGUAAUGCCCGUGUGCUGCACAACACUCUAUACAGAGAAGGACAUUUUGCGCUUCACUGGCCAAGUUUUUUUUAAAUUUUUUUUACUUUUUUUUAUUUCAGGGACCUAUUUAAAUCUUGGAAUGGUAUUAGAAAUAUAACAGAUUUACAGUAGUA